GGUGCACGUGGGUGGCGGCGCGGCGGGCGGGCAUAUGAUGAGUUCCGCGGGGCUGGAGCUGUGCGGGCAUGCGCUGGUGGUGCGGGGCGGCAGCCUGUUUCUGGCCACUUCCACUUCGAGCAGUGAUGAUGACAGCCUCUUCAUAUAUGAUUGCAGUACCGUGGAAAAGAAGUCACAAGAAUAUAAAGGGGCCGACGGACAGUCCGAGGAUAAGGGGACUGACACGAUUCUGGCGUCCACCUUCUCCAAGUCUGGCAGCUAUUUUGCUUUAACCGAUGACAGUAAGCGUCUGAUUCUUUUCCGUACAAAACCAUGGCAAUGUCUGAGUGUCAGGACCGUGGUGAGGAGGUGCACGGCCCUGACGUUCACGGCCUCUGAGGAGAAGGUUUUGGUGGCGGACAAGUCCGGGGACGUCUAUUCCUUCCCAGUGCUGGACCAGCACGGCCCUGGCAGGCUCGAGCUCGGACACCUGUCCAUGCUGCUGGACGUGGCCGUGAGCCCUGACGACCGCUAUGUCCUCACUGCCGACCGGGAUGAGAAGAUCCGGGUCAGCUGGGCUACGGCCCCGCACAACAUUGAGUCUUUCUGCCUCGGACACACUGAGUUUGUGAGCCGCAUCCUGGUGGCGCCCGGCCACCCUGAGCUGCUCUUGUCCUCCUCCGGGGACCGCACCCUGAGGCUCUGGGAGUACCGGAGCGGCCGCCAGUUGCACUGCUGUCACCUGACCAGCCUGCAGGAGCCAGCGGAGCCCUGGGGCGACAAGAGGUUUGCCGUGUCCAGGAUCACGUACUGGCGCCAGGAGGACUGCGUGGCGCUUCUGUGCGACAGCCUCCCCGUGGUCUACCUGUUCCAGCUCGAUGCCCCCCGGCAGCAGCUGGUGUACAGACAGCAGCUGCCUUUCCAGCACCGAGUGUGGGACGUGGCGUUCGAGGAGGGCCAGGGGCUGUGGGUCCUGCAGGACUGCCGCGAGGAGCCCCUCGUGCUCUGCAGGCCUGUGGGCGGCCAGUGGCAGGGUGUUCCUGAAAGUGCCGUGGUGAGGAGAGUCUCCGCUCACCUCCGUGGGAACUGGGCUGCGCUGGAAGGUGAGGGCGCCUGCCUGCCUUCAGGGUGGCGUCCAGCCGCGGGCGCGGCUGUGGAACACGGUGCCCGGCGGGCAGGAAGCCAUCUCUGCGAGGGGGGUCAUGGGUGGGUGGGGCACCGAGGUGGAGACCCAGCACAGACACUGGGUGUGAGUCCUCAUCAGGGCGACUGCGCUGCCCGGGGACGGGGUCAGAGCCACGCGCCGCGGUCAGCUGCAAGGCCCGGGGGAGCCGUGCUGUCGGCCCCAUUAGAGGACAGUAAAUGCUGAGACCCCCGCCUUUGUGGGUAGAAGGCAGACUCUUAGACACGGGGCUUCUCUUGGGCCCAGGCUUGAAGCAAGUGUCUUGGGGACUGUGUUAGGUCAGCACUGGAGUUCAGGUGCCUUCAUGCAAAGAAAGAAAUCAUUGCUCAGGCAACGUCGUGCGAAGACAGACAGGCCUCCAGUGGGACGUCGUUCCCUGGAGCUCUGGGGGAGACAAACGUAGUUUCUGUCUAUGCAGGGGCGGUGUGCGGCCCCUCGUGGGACUCGUGGGCUCUGUGCCCCACAGGUAGCGCCCACCCUCCGUCCUCCUGGGAUCAGGGGGCUGCAGUGGUAGCAGGAGUGUCUGGACCUCCCCAGGGUGGGAGCGACACGCAGGGCCGGCCUGGGCCUGGCCUCAAUGUCCUAAGAGCUUCUGCAGAUCAGUGAGCCUGUUGCCACGGAUGUGGAGAAGGAGGCGGGGUCGGGGGGGUGCCCCGGGGUGGGGUGCCCCAUGGGAAAGAGAAGCUGACCUUGAAAACCACGAAGGGCAGAAGAGUUGGAGGGACCCUGGAGGGCGCGGGCAGGAGGGC